GGUUUUUUGUAGCUCACUUCAUUGCAGCAGGGAGAAGAAUAAGGACUCCAGUCUACUAUGGAUGAGGUGAGAGAGGAGGGGGGUCCUACCUCUAAGACCACUCUGUCUGGGGAACAUGGCCGCCAGAGCAAAGCCAAGAGCCCAGAGCAGCAGAAGAGAGCAGACUCUCCUGGACCCAGCUGUGUCUCCAUGAAGAGUGACUGGUCUAUGGAUCCACCUGUUAGCUUUAAAGAUGGAAAUCAGUCUAUUGAGAAGAGCCCAGAGCAGCAGAAGAGAGCAGACUCUCCUGGACCCAGCUGUGUCUCCAUGAAGAGUGACUGGUCUAUGGAUCCACCUGUUAGCUUUAAAGAUGGAAAUCAGUCUAUUGCGAAAAGAAGAGUCCAGCAGCAGAGAGCAGACUCCCCUGGACCCAGCUGUGUCUCCAUGAAGAGUGACCGCUCUAUGCAUAAUACUCCUAAAUUUAAAGAUGUACUCCCCUCCAGAGCGGAGAGAGAUCCCCACCACAGGUCAAAGGUUACCAGAGCUCAGUCUGUAAAGCAGUAUCAAACAGAGCUGAUCAAGAGGGCUGAGGAGAACGCACACGCUUUUCUAGACAAGGAGCUGAAGAAGCUCUGGAGAGAUCUCUUCCCAGAUUACCCACAAUGCUCAGAGAGUCAGAGGGAAAAGGAGGAGGAGGUGGUUGGUAAGAACGAGGAGCAGAGGAGACGCGCCAUAGAGGGAGUGGUGGACAUCACAAAGCUCUGCCUGAUGGAGAUGAAUCAGGAGGAACUGGCCUACACACUGGGGGACAGAUCUGCUGCUGUCGAGUGCCAACAUAAAAUCAAGUCUCAUUUGAAGAAGAAGUUAAAAUACGGGUUUGAGGGAAUUGCUAAAGCAGGUCAGCCAACAGGUCUGAAUGACUUCUACACAGAGCUCUCCAUCACAGAGGGAGGCAGUGGUGAGGUCAACAAGGAACAUGAGGUCAGAUUGAUUGAAACAGCUUCCAGGAAACCAGCCAAGGAGGAAACACCAAUCAAAUGUGAAGAUAUCUUUAAUCCCUCACCUGGACAAGAUAAACCAAUCAGAACAGUAAUGACAACUGGAGUGGCCGGCAUUGGUAAAACCGUCUUAACACACAAGUUCACUCUGGACUGGGCUGAAGGCCAAGCCAACCAUGACAUACACUUCACAUUUCUCUUCACUUUCAGAGAGCUGAAUUUACUGAAAGGGAAAGAGUUUAGCUUGGUGGAACUUCUUCAUCACUUCUUUUCUGAGACAAAAGAAGCAGGAAUCUGCGGAUAUGAACGGUUCCAAGUUGUCUUCAUCUUUGAUGGUCUGGAUGAGUGUAGACUUCCUCUGGACUUCCAGAACAACCAGAUAUGGACUGAUGUCACCAAGCCAACCUCAGUAGACAUACUGCUGACAAACCUCAUCAGGGGCAACCUGCUUCUCUCUGCUCGCAUCUGGAUAACCACACGCCCUGCGGCAGCCAAUCAGAUCCCUGCUGAGUUUGUUGACAUGGUAACAGAAGUGAGAGGAUUCAACGACCAACAGAAGGAAGAGUACUUCAGGAAUAGAUUCAGAGAGGAGACACUGGCUAGCACAAUCAUCUCCCAUGUGAAGAAAUCACGAAGCCUCCACAUCAUGUGUCACAUCCCUGUCUUCUGUUGGAUCACUGCUACAGUUCUGGAGGACAUAUUCAAAAACUCCCAGAUAGAAGAGAAGCCAAACACUGUGACUCAGAUGUACAUCCACUUCCUGAGGAUUCAGUCCAUACAGGGGGACAGGAAGUACUAUGGGAAAGCUGAAACGGAUCCAGGCUGGAGUUCAGAGAGCAGGGAGAUCAUUGUUUCUCUGGGAAAACUGGCUUUAAACCAGCUGGAGAAAGGCAACCUGAUCUUCUAUGAGGCAGACCUGGAAGAGUGUGCAAUCGACAUCAGAGCAGCCUCUGUGUACUCAGGAGUGUUCACCCAGAUCUUUAAAGAGGAGGGUGGGCUGAACCAGGACAAGGUGUUCUGCUUUGUCCAUCUCAGCAUCCAGGAGUUUCUUGCUGCCCUUUAUGUCCUUCUUUCCUUCAUCGAUACUGGUAUCAAUCUGCUCUCGGAAGAACAACCAUCCUCCAUGAAAGAUCAACUCCUCUCCCUCUAUCGGAGUGGUGUGGACAAGGCCUUACAGAGUGAGAACGGACACCUUGACUUGUUCAUCCGCUUCCUCCUGGGCCUCUCUCUAGAGACCAAUCAGAUUGUCCUACGAGGUCUGCUGGGACCGACAGGAACUAGCUCACUGACUAAUGAGGGAACAGUGUCUUACAUCAAGCAGAAGAUAGAUCAAAGACUCUCUCCAGAGAGAACCAUAAACUUGUUUCACUGUCUGAAUGAGCUGAAUGACCAUUCUCUAGUGAAGGAGGUCCAAAAGUACCUGACAUCAGGAAGUGUUUCCCAAAAAACACUCUCUCUUGCUCAACUGUCAGCUCUGGCCUUCAUCUUACUGACAUCAGAAGAGGAGCUGGACGUGUUUGACCUGAAGAAAUACUCUGCUACAGAGAAGGGUCUUCUGAGGCUGCUGCCAGUGGUCAAAGCCUCCAAAACAUCUCUGCUGAAUGGCUGUCAUCUGUCAGAGAGAAACUGUGAAGCUCUGGCCUCAGUUCUCAGCUCCAACUCAUCUAGUCUUAGAGAGCUGGACCUGAGUACCAAUGAUCUGCAGGAUUCAGGAGUGAAGCUGCUCUCUGCUGGACUGGGGAGUCCACACUGUACACUGGAAAUUCUCAGGCUGAAUGGUUGUCAACUGUCAGAGAGAUGCUGUGAAGCUCUGGCAUCAGUUCUCAGCUCCAACUCCUCUAGUCUGAGAGAGCUGGACCUGAGUACCAAUGAUCUGCAGGAUUCAGGAGUGAAGCUGCUCUCUGCUGGACUGAUGAGUCCACACUGUACACUGGAAACUCUCAGGUUGUCUGGCUGCCUGAUCACACAGGAAGGCUGUGCUUCUCUGGCCUCAGCUCUGAGCUCCAACCCCUCCCAUCUGAGAGAGUUGGACCUGAGCUACAAUCACCCAGGAGACUCAGGAGUUACGCUGCUCUCUGCUGGACUGGAGGAUCCACGCUGGAGACUGGACACCCUAAGUGUGGAGCAUGGUGGAGUGUGGAGGCUGAAACCAGCCCUAAAGAAGUAUGCCUGUGAACUCACACUGGAUAAAAACACAGCCCACAGACGACUCUCUCUGUCUGAGGGCAACAGAAAGGUGACGCGGGUUGGAGAGGACCAGCCGUAUCCGCAUCACCCAGAGAGAUUUGACCAUGAAGGCCAGGUGUUGUGUAGAGAGGGUCUGACUGGCCGCUGUUACUGGGAGGUAGAGUGGGAAGAACCUCUUUAUAUAGGAGUGAUAUGCAAAGGAAUAUCAAGGUGCAAUAGUGAUGCCAGCGCGCUUGGACAGAACAACGAGUCCUGGACUCUUUAUUGUCAUUAUGGUGGUUACACUGCCCGGUACAACCGUAUUAGAACGAUCACACCUCUCAAGCUCGCUGGCUCUAACAGAGUAGGAGUGUAUCUGGACCGGCCUGCUGGCACUCUGUCCUUCUACAGAGUGUCGCCAGAUAUAGGAGGCUCCUCAGACACACUGACACACAUCCACACCUUCCAGGCCUCCUUCACCCAGGUGGACCUCCUCCCUGCGUUUAAGUUAUGGAUGGAUGGUUCCUCAGUGUCUCUGUGUCGGUUGUAG